AUGAUAACUAACGAUGAUAUGAGGAGUUAUAAUAAUAAUAAUAAUAGUAGUAGUAGUAGUAAUAAUAAUAACAAUAAUAAUAAUAACGAAGAUGAUUGUAAUAAUAGCUUAGCAAAUCACUUACAAAAACCAGGAUGGGUGUCUUCAAGUAAAACAUUUAAAAAUCAAUUUACACCAUUAAAACAAAGAUUAGAUUCAUUAUCAAUAAAUUCAAUAAACGAAAUUAUAGUGUUAAGAAUAUCUAUUCCAGAAAUUUCAGCAAUCAUUAAUAUUAAAGCAGAUAGAGAUAGUACAGUUAAAGAGUUAUUACACCAAAUUUUAAAAAAAAAGAGAAUCAAUUUUGACAAUCAUGGUCUAUAUUUAGUACCAAAUAUAAGAGUAGAUUAUGGUAUGUGGUUAGACGAAUCAAAACCAUUAUUUUUAUACGAGUUAUACGAUCAAGAUUUAGUUGAAUGUAAAAAGAAAACAAGUAGGGAUGUUAAUCAAAUACAACUAUUAAAGAUUGUAUUACCAGAACAAAUGAAAUCUAAAACACUUCAGGUAGAUAGAAAUAUGUUGGUAAAAGAUGCAGCUAAAUUAAUUCAAACCAAAAUGGAUAUUUUAGCACAGAUUAGUCAAGAGGAUAUUGAUUACUAUGGGUUAUACUCAUUAUUACCAAAUACCAAUGUAAAUAGUUAUAGCUACACUUCAUCAACACCUUCAAUAUUAAUGAAUGAUAAUAAUAUCUUAUCAAGUUAUUCAAUGGGUGGAAAUAUUAAUAUUAUAGAAUUUAAAAAAAAAGAAAUUUUAAUAUUAUCAUUACAUAAUUUACCAAUUAUUUAUAAUAAUAGUAAUAUCAAUUAUAAUAAUAAUGAUAUUAAUAAAUUAUUAAAAUUAGAAAUACCAAUUAAAUCAACCGUAUUAGAAACUAUAUAUAAAAUUACAAAUUGGUUAAAUAAUACUUUUAAUAUAAAAAUCAGUAAUAGUUUUAAGUUAUUAUUAAAUCACUUACCAAAGCUGUGGCUAAUCGAUAAUAAUCCAAUUGAAUAUUAUAAUAUAAAAAAAAAUGAUUUAAUUUAUUUAUUCCCAAAAAUUAUAGAUAAUGUUAAUGAAGAAGAGGGUAUUUGUUUAAAGGUUAGAUUUUCAGCGUGUUCACAAACAAAUAAUUCACAAAUUAGUAGUACAAAUAAAAAACUUACAACCUUACCAGGCGAAUUAUUGGUUUUAAAAAUUGAUAGCGUUAUUCUUUUAACUGAUUUCUUAAAUCCAGGUAAAUUUGUUAUAGGAGAUGUUUAUUUAACAAAUUUUCAAUUAAUAUUUUUAUCAAGAGAUACAAAUAAAGAAUAUAAAGUUCAUUUAGGGUCUAUUAUUAAAGUUGAAAAAGUAUCAUCAAGUAAAUCAAACUCUUAUUGCUAUUUAGAUAUCAUAUGUAAAGAUAUUAAACAUGUCAGGUUUUUAUUUAAAUCUAAAGAUGUAGGAAGAAAAAAGUUAUAUAGAACCCUAAAAGACCAAUGCUUUCCAGGUCUUCAAACCAAAUUAUUUGCAUACUAUAACAAAGAAGUGUUUACAAAUGAACAGGGUGAACCUAUCAAUGGAUGGAAUAUAUAUAACGCAGAAAGAGAGUAUAAACGUUUAGGUAUAACCUUACCAAACAGUGGUUGGAGAAUAACAAAGAUCAAUGUAGACUAUCAAAAAUGUGAAAGUUAUCCACAAACAUUGGUUGUUCCCGAAGCUGUUACAGAUGAAAUGUUAGUAGAUGUUUUUAUAUUCCGUUCAAAAGGACGUAUUCCGGUAUUGUCAUGGAGACACCCAACCAAUGGUACAACUUUAACUAGAUGCGCUCAACCUUUAGUAGGUUUAACAAGAAGUCGUUGUAUAGAUGAUGAAUUUUUAGUAAAGCAAAUAGCAUCACCAGAUAAAAUAAACCCAAAUCAAUCACAGCAACAACCACACCCAAUACCAACUAUUACCACCACACCACCAAAUUCUAAUACACAGCAGUCCCAACCUGUAUUACAACAUACCCAAUCACAAAACUCACUUUUAUCAUCACCUUCUUCAAAUAUUUUACAAAAUAAAAGGUUAUCGUAUUAUUCAAGUAUAGAAGGUUUAGGUAAUAAUACAACAACCAUGGUACCCACACAUACCAACAGUAUUGGAUAUAACAGUACAAAAGUUUUAAAUCUAUUAGACGCCAGACCCAAGGUGAAUGCAAAUGUCAAUAAAGCUAUGGGUGCAGGGUUUGAAAACACAACUACAGUAUAUUCAUGUUGCGAUUUGGACUUUUUGAAUAUUGCAAAUAUUCAUGUUAUGAGGGACUCUUUUGAAAAAGUAAAAAGCACUUGCUUUGAUGUAGUUGGUGGUAUACCAGAAUAUACACCAAAAUCAAGAGAGAGUAUAGACAAUUUAACAGUAAAUUUAGAAUCAAAUAAUAACAAUAACAAUAACAAUAACAAUAACAAUAACAUUGAAGUAGAAAAUAAUAAUAAUAAUGAAUCAAUAAUAGUAUCAUCAAGCUGUGACGAUUUAAAUAGUAUGCUCACCUCAAGUAACAAUAGCUAUUUCAGUAUAAAUAAUAAUAGUGGUUAUAAUGGUUCUAAUAGUGAUAUAAUCGAUAACAAUAUAGUUUCUUUAGAUAAAUACAGCUUUUCAGGAUGGUAUUCAGGUAUUGAAGGAUCAAAAUGGUUUGAACAUAUUUUACUUAUUAUGUCAGGAUCAAUAAGAAUUGUAAAUAGUAUUCAGAGAUCAUCAACAUCAGUGCUAAUUCAUUGUUCAGAUGGAUGGGAUCGUACAGCUCAGCUAAGUUCAAUUUCAAUGUUAUUGUUGGAUCCAUAUCACAGAACUAUUGAAGGGUUUAUAGUACUAAUUGAAAAAGAAUGGUUAUCUUUUGGUCACAAGUUUUCAGAUAGGUUAUCUCAGGUCGAACACUCUGAUGAAAGAAGCCCUGUUUUCCUCCAGUUUAUCGAAUGUGUUUACCAUAUAACCUGCCAAUUUCCAAAUUAUUUUGAAUUUAAUGAAAAGUUUUUACUCGAAAUUUUAACAGGUCUUUACUCUAAUAGAUUUGGUACAUUUUUAUUCAAUAAUGAAAGAGAGAGAUUCGAUAUCAAUAAAGCUAAAGAACAAACACAGUCCAUCUGGUCAUUAAUAUAUUCAAAUUUAGAACAGUACAUAAACAUAAAUUAUAUAAAAUGUGACAGAGUGAUAAUACCAUCAUUAGCAAUACCAAACUAUUCAAUAUGGAAAAACUAUUAUUUAAAAAAUAUUUUACCAUCAUAA